AUGGGGGAGGCGCCGUGCAGCGUGGUGGCGCCGCGCCGUUCCCCGGCGCGCUUCCGCCUGCCGCGCCACGGGCUGCGCCGCAAGGUCCACGUCGUCCGGCUCGGGAACGGCGGUGACGGUGCCGGCGCACGGGCUGGCGGGGUCCGCGGCCUCUGCGGCCUCCGGCGUCGGAUCAAGCUCCGAUGGUUCCGCAGCGCCAUGUGGCGCCUGGCCGAGCUCUGCGUGGCGGUGCUGUCGGGGCCCCCGGGGACGGCCGACGCCCCGCCGUCGUGGACCGGCGUGGAGCCGUGCUUCGCCGCGCCCUUCCUGCCGGCCGCGCUGGUGAGGCGCGCGGGGCAGGAGUAG